GUAGUCGAAGCAAAUUGGGUUCGGUUGUUAUCGAUCGGGCUGCAUUGCGGCUUUCGAGAGGGUAGUAGUAAUAUCGUGUUGGUAACAAAGAUAUGUCAGGAAUGCGUAUGAAAGCAUCCCGUUGCCCUACAGAUGAGCUGUCACUCACAAACUGUGCUGUCGUCAAUAAAGAUGACUUUCCGGAUGACGUGAAACACAUUGAAGUGAGUACAGGGGCGUCACAGCAUUAUGUCUUUACUGUUCGAUUUCAUCCUGAUGUGCCACGAGGUACUGUGGGCUUCAGCUUACCGCAGAGAAAAUGGGCAACACUUUCCCUCAGUCAAGAUAUUGAAGUAAAGCCUCACCACUUUGAUCCAACUUCCAGUUCAGAAUGUCUGUGUACAAUUGUGUUGGAAGCAGAUUUCUUGCAGAAGAAAACCACUACCUUAGAGCCUUACGAUACAGAUCAGAUGGCAAAAGAAUUCCUCCUACAGUUCUCAGGUCAGGCUUUUACAGUUGGCCAGCAGCUGGCAUUCAGCUUCCUUGACAAGAAGUUGCUGGGUUUGGUUGUUAAGAGCCUCGAAGCUGCUGAUCUGAAUGCCAUCAAAGCUGGUCAAGAUGCAAAACCGAAGAAAACUAAAAUGGGACGUUGCCUGGGAGAUACCAUAGUGCAAUUUGAAAAAGCUGAAAACUCGUCAUUAAAUCUUGUGGGGAAAUCAAAAGGAAAAGUAUCUCGACAGUCCGUUAUCAAUCCAGACUGGGACUUUCAGAAAAUGGGAAUUGGUGGUUUGGACAACGAAUUCAGUGCAAUCUUUAGGCGAGCCUUUGCGUCACGUGUUUUCCCUCCUGAAGUUGUUGAGCAGUUAGGUUGCAAGCAUGUGAAAGGAAUCCUGUUAUAUGGGCCACCGGGGACGGGGAAGACUCUAAUGGCUCAUCAGAUUGGAACCAUGUUGAAUGCUCGUGAACCAAAAAUAGUUAAUGGCCCACAGAUUUUGGACAAGUAUGUUGGUGAAUCUGAGGCUAAUAUUCGUCACCUAUUUGCAGAGGCAGAAGAAGAGGAAAAAAGGCUGGGCCCCAACAGUGGCCUUCAUAUCAUUAUAUUUGAUGAAAUUGAUGCAAUAUGUAAAUCACGAGGCUCAGUGGCUGGUAAUACAGGAGUACAUGACACAGUUGUAAAUCAACUGCUUGCCAAAAUAGAUGGUGUUGAACAACUCAACAACAUUCUAGUCAUUGGAAUGACUAACCGUAGAGACAUGAUUGAUGAAGCCUUGCUUCGACCAGGAAGAUUAGAGGUACAAAUGGAAAUUGGAUUACCAAAUGAAAAUGGACGAUUCCAGAUUCUUACUAUACAUACAAGUAGGAUGAAGGAAUAUAAGAAAAUCAGUCCAGAUGUUGACAUCAAGGAAUUGGCAGUACUAACGAAGAACUUCAGUGGAGCCGAGUUGGAAGGUUUGGUUCGUGCUGCGCAGUCCACAGCAAUGAACCGUCUCAUUAAAGCUGCCAACAAAGUGGAAGUUGAUCCUGAAGCUAUGGAAAAGUUGUUGGUGGAUCGUUCAGAUUUUGUUCAUGCUCUUCAAUAUGAUAUUAAACCUGCCUUUGGAACAAGUGCUGAGGUACUGGAUCAUUUCCUUACUCGUGGUAUCAUUAACUGGGGUACCCCUGUAACCAGUAUCUUACAGGAUGGAAUGUUGUUCAUACAGCAGGCUAGCUCUAUGGAUACAUCAGGUUUGGUUUCUGUUCUGCUUGAAGGCCCACCAAAUUCUGGAAAGACAGCUCUUGCUGCACAACUUGCAAAGAACUCUGACUUUCCUUUUGUGAAAGUUUGCUCGCCAGAAGAAAUGGUUGGCUUCACUGAAAGUGCCAAAUGUUUACACAUUAGAAAGGUGUUUGAUGAUGCCUAUCGCUCACAGUUAAGCUGUAUAUUGGUGGAUAACAUUGAACGUCUCCUUGAUUAUGGUCCAAUUGGACCACGUUAUUCUAACCUUACACUACAGGCACUCCUCGUCCUUUUGAAAAAGGAACCUCCAAGAGGACGAAAACUUUUGAUUCUCUGUACAAGCAGCAGGAGGCAAGUAUUAGAAGAUAUGGAAAUGCUCUCAGCAUUCACAGCUGUUCUUCACGUUCCAAAUAUUUCAGAGCCAGAACAUUUAUUGGCUGUUCUUGAAGAGUCAGAUGUUUUCUCUAAGAAGGAUUUAUCAUCAAUAUCUCGCAAGAUACAUGGUCACAGGGUGUUCAUUGGCAUGAAGAAACUGCUGGCUUUGACUGACAUGGCUCGCCAGAUAGAGGCUCACAAUCGAGUUGUGAAAUUCCUUACUAAACUUGAAGAGGAAGGAGGAAUAGACACGGGUACAUCUAUACAAUAAAAUCACAUUUUGUGGAUGAGGCAAGUGUCACAUUAGAACGUUUUUGUGUGAAGUUUUCUUCUCAAUAUCCAUCAUGAGGGAGAUGGAAUUGCUAGCAAUAUCAUCCUUUAUUUCAGAAUUGGAAUCAUACAGGCUAUAAGUAUUACUUAAUUAUUCCAGUUAUGUACCUGAAAAGAGAAUAAUUUAUAAUUCAUUGAACUACAUAAAUGUGUUUUUGUUUAUUUAUUGUUCUUAAAUCCUGUUGUAUUAUAGUCAAGUUACUCUUAGAAAUCCUGACUAGUAGUUUUGAAGUUGAAGAAAUUCCAUUCAUUAGAUUUUGAUGUGUAAUUUCCUGCUUCCCUUCUGUUGAGGGAUAUAUUUUAAGUAACACCAGUAUAAAACUUUGAAUUUGUUUGGUUUGAUUGUAAGCUAAGAUAACAUACAGAUACUGCAAGAGCACAUAAUCAGUCUUAAUAUUUUUGGUGUAUUGGCAAAUUAUAUUCCAUGAAUAGUUUGUUUCCUUACAGAUGUAUCCUAGAAUAGAAACAGUGUUUUGUGAUAAUUGUCCCUAUUUAGACCUUUAGACUUGAAAUACAUAAAUUCUACACCACUUUUGCUGUGUCAUUACCGAGAUAAAUAUGUUAAUAAUGUAGAAUUUGUGAUGGGGAUACUGUGGAGAAUAUUCGUUGUUGAAAUUAAUUUGCCAAAUUCUGCAGUAUGCAAAUGUGAGAACCAUAAAUGUAAGUUCAAGUUUUUCAUUAUGUGGAAAUUGUUAUGCAAUAUCUGGAGCUUUUAUCACUGUAACUGUUAGAAAAAGAGUGCACUGUUGUACUUCAUGUAACCACCAUCAUAUAUAGAUAGUGUUAUAACUGUUGAAGAUUAUAUGUUGGAUGAUAUUACAUUCCUCAAUUUGUGGCUGACCUAAACUCUAACAGUCUUUAUAAAUUAUAAAUUUCAUCUUAAGAGCUAAGAUAUGUUUUAAGUUGAAUAAAUCUUUUAACUUCA